CUGAAUAUUUAAAUAAAUAUAGGAAAAGAGAAAAUAAGAAUUAUUGUAAAAAUAUAUAUGUAAUGUAUACCAAUAUACGUAGUGUCAACGCAAACUUUGACGAACUAAAGUUAUUUUAAGAAAAUAACUUAAAUUAUACUGAAAUUGAUAUUAAUUCGUCAGCCUAUUUAGCAAACGGCGUAACUCAAAAACACCAAAUUUUACAUUAGAGUGGAUAACACACUAGGCGAUUCGAACGCGCGUCUCUGCGCGUUUCGAACGUCGCGAUUUUAAGACACGAACGCGCGCUCCUUACACAUUAGAUGCGUGUCGACGCGUUCGUCAACGUUUUAAAAUCGCGCUGCGCUUACACACUGGACGAUUUGUGAGCGUUUUUCAAAAAUAAAUAAGGCGCCAAAUGUUAUUUGAACCAUUCAAUUAUUUGUAUUUUGUUGUAGGCUAGGUUAGUACUGUUGUUACCGUACACCGUAUAUGACUGCGGUUAAUUUCUUAUUUAACUUUUCGUUGUUUUCUUUUAAUUUUUUUUAAUAUGGAAGUGUUAGACGAUAUAGAAUCUGCAUGCGUUAUGUUUGCAUUAUAUGAGGAACAUGAAAGUAAAAAACAGAAACCAAAUAAAGUAAAAAGACGACAUUGGGUCCAUCCACUUAAUCUGAAAAGACCAGAAAAUGGCCAGUUCCAGGUUACAUUUAUGACUCUGCGUAGCUAUCCAGAAGAGUUUAUGAAGUAUUAUCGUAUGUCGAUAACAUCGUUUGAUGAGUUGAUAUUGCUGGUAGGACCGAAACUGUCAAAACAGCAUACUGGGUUGCGUGUGCCAAUAUCACCGGAAGAGCGAUUGACCGUGACACUGAGGUAGAUAAUUUUUAAAUAAAAAUUAAGAAUGUAGACAUUUGUAUUUUUUAAUUUUUUAAUUUUUUAAUUUAUUAAAUUAUGUUUUAAAUACGUACAGCCGUACAGGUACACUUUAUUUUUAAUAAUUAUUAUAGUAAUGGUUUUGUUUUUGAGCAGAAUGAAUUUCAGUAGGGGGUGACUGUGGAAAAUAGUUUGAUUCAUCAUUCACUCUUUGUGGAGAAGUAAUAGUAGUAUUGUUUAUCAUAGUUGUAGGCACAUUUUGGGAAGCAUAUUGAUGAGGAGUAAUAUUAAAAUGUGGCAUGUGUGAUAGUGGUGUUUGAUGAGAAAUAGAUGAAGAUACACUUUGAGGAUAAUGAUUUGUGGUGUAAUUGAGUUGAGGGAGGAAUGGGGAGUAAUGUUGAUUAUUUGGUGUAUUAUAAGGAUAAGUAGGGGUUACAGAACAAUUUUUUACUCGUUGUAUGGCAUUUAAAAAUUCAACAUACAGCCGUGUUUUUUGGUCUUCGUCCAACGAUUUAAUUUGAGGGAGUAAUGACAUCAAAAAAGAUUUUUCGGGGUCUUCAGGUAUUUUUUGGCGGUUUUCUAAUAUUUUCAACAAAGAGGAUCCAAAAUUCGAUGUCGCAGUCUUCUUUGGAUUUUUUUUAAUUUUUUUAUUUGGUUGUCGUGCACAUGGCUCCUCUGCAUCGGAAUCGGCCAUGAUCUCUUCUGCAGUAAUAUUGUUCCCAACAACUAAAUCCACAUCUUCAGUCUCCCUACCUUCAUCCACAGAUACCUCGUCUUCGCUUGACUGUAUAUUACUUUCAGUCCUUUAAAAAUAUAAUUUUAUAUAAUUCAUAAUUUAGUUAAUUGGAUUAUGUUUAAUACUAAUAUAUAUAAAUAUACAGUGCUCGAAUUGGAAAAAUAAAAUAAAGAGGACUCCAAGACUUAAAAAAAAUUAGCGUUCCUGACAAUGAUUAAUCUCAACCUAAUCCGUGGGCACACUUACCUACCACACCACCACCCGGCACCCACCAACAACAAAAUUAGAAAAUAAAUAAUA